UGAAAAUUUAACUAUAUAGCGAGAAAUUACGUGUUAAAAUUUGACAAUUUUUAAACAUUAAACGCGAAUAUCUAGAAAACUAUAAGUCUCCUGCGGCAAUAAUUAUAUAUAUUCUUAACCUGGCGGAUCUCCUCUAUCCAACCAUGCAUAUUUUAUCCGCGAAAUCGUGGGAUGCUAUACUAAAGUUUUCCCUUAAAUUAAUUAAGUAGAAUUGGCAAUCCUUCAAUAUACGCAGUUUGAGGAACACUGUGUUAAUGUCAAGUUAUUCUGACACAUCUACUAUUUUGGUUUUUACAUACUAAUUUGUUAAAGGACGCGGGUUUGUUGUUUUCUCGAAAGUACAAAUGUUGAGGAAAUGAAAGCAUUUUGAUACAUCUUAAUAAACGCAACUAGUUUAAAAACACUUAUAUUUUUGAUACAUACCGCCGAGUUCAUUCAAGAUGUUUUCGAAUACUGUUUCACCUCAUAAACGUAAGCAUCCGAGCGAAUACCAUGAUCCGGAUUAUGUACGUUUGCAUUCAAGUCCAUAUAAAAAGUUGCGUGAAAGUGAUUCUAUUAUAAUUCAAAAAAGUGAAUUUGAAACAUCUACAAAUUCUAGUUUGAAAAAUAUUUCUGAUAUAAUUUCACAUGAGUUUCAAAAAGAAAUAUCUCUAAAAGAAGAACAAUUAACUGAGAUUGAGAAACGUUUGGAUCAAUCGCGCACUUUGCUAGAUCGUUUGCGGUUUGUUAUUGUUUCGGAUUAUUACCAGAAACAAGAAUUGUCAAUAUCAGCAGGUGAUGCCAUUGCGGUUCGUGGAAAGGACGGUAUUUUCGAAAAUGAGGUGGAAGGUCCUCAAAUGGCGCUACAUCCCUCUUUUAGGAAUAUAAUUGGAAAGCGGCUUAAUAAAUUUUAUGAUGUUACACAACGACCGCUACCUGAGCGAGCUGCGGCUCAAAAUGCAAUGAACACAAUUCGAGGUCGAUCUCAAGCACAAAAACGACAAGAAAGACGAUUACAACAAUUAAUAAAGGAACAGGGUUUAGUUAUAGAUCAUUCAAAAGAAAAAGAACUGCAAAAGGUGGAAGCUGUUAGUACUUUCGAUCAAACAAAAUAUCAAGAUUGCCAAUUCUCGGAUCAACAAUCAUCAGUAACGGGAAAGAACUCCGCGAAAUCGUUGAAUUCAACUCGUCUUAAUAACAAAACAAAACACCUUAUUGUUAUAGGCAAUACCUCAACGUAUAUUGGAGGAGAUAUGGACACUGGAACGGAACAAAAAAUAUCUGGCGAAAAUGUCCUAACCCACAAAUGGCUAGUUUAUGUGCAAUCUAAAGAUCCUAAAACAAAUUUAGAAUCAUUUUUAAAAAAAGUUCGUUUCCAUCUACAUACCUCAUAUAGACCCAACGAUAUAGUAGAUGUUAGAAUGGCUCCUUUCCAAAUAGUAAGAAGAGGUUGGGGGGAAUUUCCAAUGAGAAUUCAACUUUUUUUUCAUGAACAUCUACAACAAAAGCCAGUACAACUUAUACAUAACGUAGUGCUUGAUCGUACGUUAAGUGGUAUGCACACACUUGGUUCUGAGACUUUAAUGGAAAUUUGGCUUCGAUCUGAUACUACAUGUACGAAAGCAAAAUAUGAGGCACCGUUUGUUGGUACUAUUAACUCCUAUGAGAAUACGAAACCAUCAACAAUUGAACAUAAUCUUAAAGCUGAGGAAAAGAAUAAUGGAAAAAUCACAAUGAAACAUCGUACAAUAUCCUUUACACAUAACAAAGAAGAAUUAGACGACAGCUUAUUUGGGUUUUUAAACAAAGCCGAUGUAGUUUCUGCAGACAUUUCAAAGAUAGAGCCAUCAGUGGUCGUAAACGAGCCACUUACGAAUAUUUCAAAUAAUAGUCCUAUUAAAAUUAUUUGCAAGAGUCCCCAAAAGUGCGAAGUUUUAUCAAAUAACGAAAUGAUUUCGGCCCAAAAUCAUAAAACGAUUCCUGAUGAAGAAGUUUCAACAAAAAGUAUUAUCGUUAGUCAACCUUCAACUUCGAAUAUUGCUAAUACUCUAAGUAAUAUAUCAAAUCUUAACCAUGCACAAGUUAAUGUAAAAAUUGCAAAUACAAAUUCUGAAAUAAGUAAAGAUGUGGCAACUCCUAUAAAAAGUGCUAAAACAAUGCAGCUCACAACUCCCAUGAUUAUGAGACUUCCCACUACAAAUACGGCUAAUACUCAUCAAGUUUCAAAUAUUAACAAAAACAAUAAUAAUAUUAUUGCAUUGAGUAAAGUUGGAAAAUUCAUGCCACUAAAAAUUACAAAUAUGAACAAAAUGGCCUCCCCUAAUAAUAAUACUGCUUUAGCAAAUAUGCCUGGGAAGAAUGCAGCUGGAAAAGCUGUAUUACAAAAGAAACUUGUGCAGUUGGUGGAUGCUGAGGGCAAAAUAAAAUUCAUGCAAGUUCUUGUGGCCACCACGCAAAAACCAGCAGCUGACACGAAAAUCGGACCGUCAAGAAAUGAAACUGUUGACUCGCCUAAAAAUUCGGUCAGCGCACUAUCAGUAUCAACAAAGAAAACACCAUUCAUCCAGUCCUCUACAAUGACGAUAGAAAAUCAUACCCCGAAGUUAGUUACCCUUUCAAAGGACGUUAAUCCCUCAAAUUUGUUGGUCACUAAUAAUAAUAGCAAACUUAAUUCAACAAACAACAUAUACAAUUCUAAAAGUAAUGUCAAUGCUGCAAGCUCUCCAAAACAAAUGGUUUUUCAAAAGGAAGGCAAAUUAUUCAUUAUUGAUCCCUUACAAAUGAAGUUGAAGCAGGAGCGGAAGAAACAGGUUUCGUUGUUAAAACCGCAGACCAAUUUACAAAGACAGCAGCAACAGCAGAUGCAAAAUCAUAAAGUACAAACUAAAGCUCUACAAUCUAUGAUCUCCGAUCAUGAUUAUACACAUUCAGUGGUUAAUAUAAGUAAAGGCAAUAUCAAUUUAAACAAUUCAGAAAUUAUAUCGGGCGCUAUUAAAUCACAGGUACCAGAACUCCAUUUGGGUAUCAGGCAAACGCGUGCCAAAGCAACUAAUGCGUUUGAGCUUCUGCAGCAGCGUAGAAUUCAAUUUGAACAAGACUUUAUGAAUCACAACAUUAAUACAAUGCGUUCCGCUAUAGACUAUAUAUUACGUCACUUGCCUCUAAUUGCACCAAAAGAUACUUUAGCAGCUGCUUUCUCUUUCGUAAGCAGUAGUGACAAAGAAUUCGAUUCAAUGCCCGUUUUGAAACAACGCGCUUGCGAAUGGUUACGCGCCAAAUACAUUACGCGCUUCGUUCGCAACCACAAAUUUUUAAAGGAGCUUAAUUCUAAUAACAAAGAACGAUUUUGGAGUACACGUGAAGUACUUGUUUAUGCGCGUUAUCAUGCUUUCACGCCAAAGAUGAAGCCAUUCAACGUAAUGACCUAUUCGGCUCAAUCCGCAUUAGAAAAUUUGUCCGGAACACUUAUUCGACCAGAUCAAUUGAAAACAGAGUAUCCAUCACAGGGACAUAAUUUUUCACAAUUUGUUAAAAGCGAAGUUAAAUCCGAACAGAAGUAUAUACAAUAUGAAUCAAUAACUCCAAAACAUCGCAUUACAACUUGGCUUGAUUAUGGGCGUAAAAAACUGAUUAACAAUGAAACUGGUGUAGAAUCCUCCGAGGAACCAAUUGAUAUCGUUAGUAUACCGAUGUCAAAACGUGCCAGAUUUAAUAAAGAACAUCUGGGGUCAAGUCAACAAAAUAGUUGUGUACAAGAACGACAACUUUAUUUACCGAUUCCCGAUCAUCUAGAGGAGUCUUCUCAACUUGUAAGCGAUAUUUGUCGAGAUUUGAAUAUACAACUGCAACCGGAACAAGUUGAACGUGAUGUAAAAUUUCCUUUAGCACAAGCAGUGUUAUCCCAGUGUUUAAACGCAUUUAUUGAAAAGAUAAUAAGACGCGCAGUAGCCUUAAAACCAGACAAAUCAGCCGCCGACAGUCUGAAUGUUUCAACACAGGAUAUUGGUAAAGUUUUGGUGCGGCACGCUGAGUUUGACUUCUUAACAAACAAGUAUUUCGGAGCUUAUAAAUACAAUAGUUGCUCAAAUAGCAACGAAUUUAUUUGAAAUGUAAAUAAGAUUAUCGUUAUUUGUAUAUACAAAGAAGAAUCUAAAAUUUAAUUUGUAGAGUAUUUGAAAUCUUUUAAAAUGUAUGUGAUUGGCGUUGCAACCGUUUAGCCGGUUAUAGCCGAAUCGACGCCACUUCUCUCUCUCCUUCGCAGUUCGGCGCCAGUUGGAGAUUCCAAGACCCAUAUAUUAAAAGCUAGGAACUGUUUGUGUAUAAAUAUAUGUACUGACGAAGCCUACAGUUAAGUUUAAUGUUAAGUGUUUUUAAUAAAUUGUUACAUAAAAAUAUAUCAACUGAAUUUACAUUUAGAUGUUAUUUGUGCUGCAAUUAAUUUCAAUUAAUCAGGGUAAAAUUUCAAGCUUUUCAGCAACUUUAAUAGACUAUCAAAUUAGUCGUUCUAUUUUGUCUACAGCUGUGUUCAAAAUAAUAAUAGUGAUUAGGAGUCAAUAUUUGAAUUUCUUAUAAAAAGUUUUUUUUUCUGCGUUGAAAUUUAGAACAAACAUAACAAACAAUAAUUUUACAAAUUAUAUGGCUUUUCAUAAUAUAAACCCGCAAAAUUUUUCAAUAACGAUAAUAAAACAAACAAGUAAGGAAAGGCUAAGUUCGGGUGCAGCCGAACAUUUUAUACUCUCGCAAUUUAUUGAAGAAAUUUUAUUAAAUUCGGCAUAAAGUUUUAUAGAAUAACGAAAAUCGUACAUUUAGUAUAUGAGGGCUGAGGUAAUUCUUUCAUUUUCACCAGCAGGGUACACUAUAUCCAAGACUAUACACUCACUUAAUUUUGCUAAGAUAUCUCACAUAUUAACCAAUACAUAUAUGCGGAAUAAAGCCCACAGUAUUUUUGAAAAACCUAUAAUUAGAUAUAUGGGAGCUAGGGGAAGUUAUUACCCGAUUUUAACAAACAGAGACACACUAUUAGAAGAAAACACUUUCCUCUGAAUUACAUUAAAUUAUCUGAGACAUUUACCCGUAUUUUCGGUUAAAAUUUACCCUUAGGCGCUGAGUUCAACAUGUUCGAUAACAGGGGCCUUGAAAAGUUAUAGUUCGUUUUCGACAAUUUUUUCACAAGUGAAGCCAGAGAUGAUAUGCACUAUUUUUGUAAAGUUUUAUUCCGCUAUCUUCAUUGGUUCCUUAUUUAUAUAUUAUAAAGUGAAGGAAUCAGAUGGAAUUCAAAAUUGAGUUAUAAGGAAAGUAGUCGUGGUUGUGAACCGAUUUCGCCGAAAAUAUUAUAUACCGAAUUUCAUUGAAAUCUGUCAAGUAGUCCUGAGAUAUGGUUUUUGACCCAUAAGUAGGCGAUGCCACUCCCAUUUUUUAUUUUGUAAAAAAAUCUGAGUGCAGCUUUGUUCUGCUAUUAUUUCUGUGAAAUUUAGUGUUUCUGACGUUUUUUGUUAAUGAGUUAACCCACGUUUAGUAAUUUUUAACCUAACCUGUGUAUGACAGGUGGGCGUGGUUAUUAUCCGAUUUCAACUAUUUUCAUGGUGUGUAGUGGGGUACGUAAGAGAACCGACUGCAGAAAGUUUGGUUUAUAUAGCUUUAUUGGUUUGCGAGAUAUAUACAAAUAACCGAUUAGGGGGCGGGCCACGCCCAUUUCCCCAAAGAAGUUACAUCCAAAUAUGCCCCUUCCUAGUGUGAUCCUUUGUUCCAAAUUUUACUUUUAUAACUUCAUUGAUGGCUUAGUUAUGACACUUUAUGUGUUUUCGGUUUUCGCCAUUUUGUGGGCGUGGCAGUAGUCCGAUUUUGCCCAUUUUCGAAAGCAACCCUCUCACGGUCCCAAGGAACAUAUGUUCCAAGUUUCGUUAAGAUAUCUAAAUUUUUACUCAAGUUAUCCGUUGCACGGGCAGACAGACAUUCGGAUUUCAACUCGUCUCGUCACCCUGAUCAUUUUGAUAUAUAUAACCCUAUAUCUAACUCGUUUAAUUUUAUGACUUACAAACAACCGUUAUGUGAACAAAACUAUAAUACUCUCUUAGCAACUUUUGUUGCGAGAGUAUAAAAAUUAAGCGACUUUACGAAGGUUUCAAUACCGGAGCAUCCUCAUGUAGAGACCAAGGUGGUAAUCUGGUAACCGAUGUCCUGGGAUUAUGGAGGGAACAUUUCUCCGACCUGCUGAAUGGCAGUGAAAGUACAACACCAGGAGAUGGCGAACCCGAUCCCCCAAUCGAUGACGAUGGACCAGAUGUUCCAUUACCCGACCAUUAAGAAAUUCGAAUAGUCAGGCGGUGGGAUAAGCCUCCUAAAUAUCGCCUAUAAGGUUCUAUCGAGCGUACUGUGUGAAAGACUAAAGCCCACCGUCAAAAAACUGAUUAGACCUUAUCAGUGUGGCUUUAGACCUGGAAAAUCCACAACUGACCAGAUAUUCACCAUGCGCCAAAUUUUGGAGAAGACCCGUGAAAAAAGGAUCGACACACACCAUCUCUUUGUCGACUUUAAAGCUGCUUUCGACAGCACGAAAAGGAGCUGCCUUUAUGCCGCGAUGUCUGAAUUUGGUAUCCCCGCAAAACUAAUACGGCUGUGUAAGCUGACGUUGAGCAACACCAAAAGCUCCGUCAGGAUCGGGAAGGACCUCUCCGGGCCGUUCGAUACUAGACGAGGUUUCAGACAAGGUGACUCACUCUCGUGCGAUUUCUUUAACCUGAUGCUGGAGAAAAUAAUACGAGCUGCAGAGCUAAAUAGAGAAGGUACAAUCUUCUAUAAGAGUGUUCAGCUACUGGCGUACAUCAUCGGCGUAUCAUUGGAAACAACACCCGCGCCGUUAGUUCUGCUUUUUCCAGACUGGAUAAGGAAGCGAAGCGUAUGGGUCUGGUGGUGAACGAGGACAAGACGAAAUAUCUCCUGUCGUCAAACAAACAGUCAGCGCAUUCGCGUCUUGGCUUCCACGUUACUGUUGACAGUCAUAACUUCGAAGUCGUAGAUAAUUUCGUAUACCUGGGAGCCCGUCCUGCUUUAUGAUGCAGAAGCUUGGACGAUGUCAACAUCCGAUGAGACGACACUAGGAGUUUUCGAGAGGAAAAUUUUGCGCAAGAUUUAUGGUCCUCAGAACAUUGGCGACGGCGAAUACCGCAGACGAUGAAACGAUGAGCUGUACGAGUUAUACGACGACAUUGACAUAGUUCAGCGAAUAAAAAGACAGCGGCUACGCUGGCUAGGACAUGUUGUCCGAAUGGACGAAAACACUCCAGCUCUGAAAGUGUUCGAUGCAGUACCCGCCGGAGGAAGCCGAGGAAGGGGAAGACACCCACUCCGUUGGAGGUACCAAGUGGUGAGCGAUCUGGUUACACUUGGGAUCUCCAACUGGCGCCGAACUGCGAGGGAGAGAGAGGAGUGGCGCGCUAUCAUCGAUUCGGCUAUAACCGGCUAAACGGUUCAACGCCAAUUACAUACAAGUAAAUCUGUCUUGGGUUCCCCAAUAACACCGUGUAACUUUAAUAUCUACAUAUGCAUCUCGCGUAAAUAAUUAUAAAUAGAAAACUGUAAUAUAAUUAGAGUUUUUUACUCUGUUAAGUUAUUCCAGACCGUAUUAUAAAAUCGAUUUGAAAUAAUUACAGUAAUAAAAACGCAAACCUUUUGUUUAUAUUAAAAAUACAUUAGUUUUAUUUAUUCAACAGUAUCAAUGACUAAUAAUCUAUCACUAAUUAAUUAGAUUGCAUCUUCCAAUGAAUAAUUUCGAUUUAGUUCUAAUAUAAUUAAACUACUUACUAUUUUAGAAUUUCUUUUCGAUAUAAUACACACGUGCUAUUGUGCUUAGUAAUAUUGAAAAACUAUUUUACUAUUCAUCAUGCCAUAUGCACUAAAUUAUAUAUGUAUGUAUGUACAUAAUAUGAUCCUAUUUUUAUUUCAUAUUAAAAUACUUUCAAUUUGUUCUAUACACAGACACAUGAUACAUACAUAUCAUAUAUCAGCCAACUCGUUACGCAAUAAACUACAAAUUCAAAUAUUUCCAGUAGAAAACCUCGAAUUAAUAUAUUUAUGAAUAACUUCUCUUUAAACUCUUUAAUGUGUACAUAUUGUCAUGGGUGAUUCAGCUCUUUCCUAAACAUAUGUACAUACAUAUGUGUAUUUUUAUUUAUUUAAUUAAUUACUGUCAAGUACUAGGAGCACAGUUAUCAAAAGAAGUAUGACUAAGGCCUUACAAUAUUUUCAAUUUUAGGAAAUAUUUUCACGCAUGUUGAUUUUUAUUGCAAUCAAACUAUCAAAUAAGUUCCGAUAAAUUCGUCGACGAGCAUGUUAUAAUUUAAAACCGAUUUCCUAAUCACUUUUUGCGUGGAUUUCUAGAAUUGUAAUUCUUUUAUGAGUGCACACAUCACAGCCUUAACUACAAAGUUUUUUUUACAUUACACUUUUUCUCGCAAAAAAUAGUUUGCGUUCAUACUUUAGUUGAUAAUUAAUUAGAGUGUUAUUAAAGUCCUAUGAACGAUAUAUUUGAAUCCUAUGAACGAUGUACAUAUGUAAAUCGUCGCUAGCUUUGUUUAACGCGUUCUCCUUGUUUUUUUUUCUUUUGUUCUAUUUGAAAAUUUAUUGAGAAAACAUAUCAUUUUCUAAAAUAUCAUGGAUAUGCUUAUAACAUAUUCCUGUAAAUGCAGAAAAAAACAAGAAGCUGGUGUUGGACACAAUUUUAUACAACCCAUCCAUCAAAAGUUCUUGAUAUUUAAUGAUAAAAUAUAUUUUAAGCAUGAAAUACUGUGUUUAGGACAAAUGCUGUAUAUUUUGACAUACAUCGUACAUACAUAUUAAUAUUUCGUUAGAAAUUGUUAAGUCAACCAGAGAAUGGAAAUCAUCAGUAAACAUUCCCACCCAAUUUCAUUAAGCAUUUGUGAAUAUUAUCGGAUAUCUGACAUUCACGCCAUAUGAUGAAAUGCGACACGUUAUUGCUCUAUACCGAAUUCCAGCUUUGUUAUGUAGCUUAAUUGGUAACAGAGUUAUAGCACUUUAUGCUUUUCAAUUAACGCCAGAAGAUGAAGCAAAUGUGUCCUGAAUUCAUUCAGAUAUCUCAAUGUAUUCAAAAGUCAACGCUUCCACAAACAGGUAAAACACCGAAAAAUAUUUUGUACGUAUGUAUAUGUAUGUAUGUAUAUAAUAUUAUAUCUAUAUCGAUUAGUGUUACAAAAGUCUGUUAGGAGAAAAACAUAUAAGAAUAAAAAAUUUAACUAUUUAAAUCGAAUAUAAAAAUAUAUUAAAUCGAAACUAUGAAAACUGAUAUAACUGAGAGUUAAAUUUUCUGUUAAACCUUUUCGAGCUUUUGGCAAAGUAAAAAAAAUCGGAACAAUAGAAUACAGCUUGAUUUCAAUAAAGGCCGAUAUUUUUAUUGAAAGUUAAAUUUAAAAAAAUUAACAGCAAACAUAUUCGAAUUUGGCAAUGUUAAGCAAAAAACUUGAAAUUAGAUUACAUAAAAUUUAGAAAUAUAUAUCAAUUUUUAAGUUAAUAAACAAAUAAUUUCUACGUCAACAAAUUUUGUGGAUAUUUGCAAGGGCCUAGGCUGCGUACUUUUCGGAAUGUCAAUAUGUUGAUAACAAAAGCAAUAAACUAAUGACAACAUUUUUCUUUGGGGAAAUUGAUAAUAAUAUAAUGGAUUGUCUUCAUAUGACGACUCAGCGUUUCAUAGUUUACAGAGUCGUGAAAAUAUUGCAACUUAAAAUAAA